AUGAGAAGCAGGGCUGUUUGCAGCUCCGUCCUGCCAUUUGUGGCCGGCCUGGGUGUUCCCAAGUUCUCCGAUGAUGCGACGCCCACAAAGCCUUUGCCUCCGAGGAGGCUUAACAGAAGGAAAGUUUCGUUUUGGAGUUCUCCUGCAGCCUGCCAGGGGCACGAUGACAGUCAAGCUCUCUCCAGGAAGCGGAGCGACGACCCCAGUCAUGUGCUGCAGUGGCAUCGCACAGGAGGAGGGUUUGUGCACGAGAGCAUCCAGGCAACACAACUCCCGGGGCUCGGAUGGGCACUUUGCACCCGGGCCGACAUCGGAAAAGACGCUGUGCUGGUGACGACACCUGCAAAGCUCCUGUGGGUCGCGCGGGAGUGCCAUGCGCCGGCCGGGGUCCAUCCCUUGGCACCCGGGGAGGAGCUUCCUGGAGCGUCGAUGCUCCUGAGGCGACGGCUGGUGGACGCUGUAGCCAAACCCAGCCCCUUCGUGAAGGCGAUGCAACCGCCGGGCAGCAUCCCUUUGCAGCUGGCCACAGGGAGCCUCGCCGACGGGCCUCCAGAGUCCUUGACCGCCGCCUUGAAAGGGACGUCCCUGCUUCGUCACACCCAUUCCCUGCGUACGAAACUGCUGGAAGCAGUCGGACCAGAGUUGCAAAGAGCAGAUGACCGCCAGCACUUGUGGGAGCUGUCUGUUUGGGCCCAGUCUGUGAUCAUGUCUCGCGCCUUCAAAAUUCCUAAAGGAAGCGAUCGGCUGGUGCUGAUUCCCAUUGUGGACAUCGCUAACCAUGCGGCUACCCACAGGCUCGCCAAUGCCGAUGUUCGGAACAACGCGGACGGAAGUGUCUCCAUGGUCGCAGUUCGGGACAUUGCCAAGGGGGAGGAGGUUCGAAUCUGCUACGGGGAGUACACCAACGAGCAGCUCUUGUUUUGUUACGGCUUCGUCAUUCCGGACAACCCUUGCCAGGGGCUGGUCUGCCCCUUGCAGUUCCCGGACAGCCCAAAGAGGUCCGAGCUUCUACACCACUGCCUGGCCCACCGCAGGCAGCUUGUUCCACACACUCUUCCUGCCAAAGCUGGUCCCCUGCUGUACCGUGCAUCCGGCACAGUGCCUUGCGAGCUGCUCCUGGCGCUAAAGGUCGCGAACAUCACCGAGACCCAGGCAGCGGAGUUGCUGGAGGCAAAGAGCUGGGAGUCAUCCGUGCUGGAUCCGGGACCCCAGGAGCUGGUCCAAUGCCUCGCCUUUUUGGAGGCUUGGCAACGCGAGCUCCCCGGUCGCAACCCGGCUGCCGAAGUGGAGGACUUCGAGCCUUGCAGGCAACUGCAG